AUGAAUGUUAACCUAAAAGAUAGGGCCUUCUGGUACAGUCUUCAUGGCCAAGUCCCAGGGAUGCUGGAUUGGGAUAUGGGAAAUGAAUGUUUCCUGCCUUGUACUACAGAUCAGUGCACUUUCACUGAGCAGUGUCUUGCCAAAUACAAAAUCCAACUGAUAAAACCACCAACACUGCCUCAGGAAAGGAAACCCAAUUCUGACGAGGAUGGUCCUCCCACUGACUCCAGCCUGUGGAUGUGGGUGAAUCCCAACAUUGUGUGUCCUAUCAUCAGCAAUGAGACUCCAAAUCCCUGUCAUAAUGUUCCAUCAAGUGCACCAUUACCAAACACUAAGGAAGCUGCAUGCUUAGGGACUCGGAAAGUGGCGGAGUCCCUGUCUGUUCUCCGUACUGAGCGUAUUAACCCACAAGAGCUGUCCAUUUUCUCCACUGACCCUGAUACCAUAGAAAAGGAGGCUGGGCAACUUGAAUGUCCACCCUCUAGGAAACACUCUAAGAAGCACAAACAGGGUCAUGGUGUCCUGGACAUGGUGUUCUGGCCACGCCCUCCUCUCAAUUACAGCCAUCUGGUUGCUCUAGCAUUAAAAAACAGCCCUUCCUGUGGCCUCAAUGUGCAACAGAUCUACAAUUUUACUCGACAACAUUUCCCCUACUUCCGGACAGCACCAGAAGGCUGGAAAAACACCAUUCGCCACAACCUCUGCUCCUUGACCUGUUUUGAAAAGGUGCCAGUCCCCCGUGAAAAGGAGCUGGAUGGAAAACCUCGCUCUUUCUUCUGGAAGCUCACUGAAGUGGGAAACCGCUUCUUUCAGGAGGACACCCGUGUUUUGGCUUAUACUCGAAAGGAGAACAUCAAACAAUGCAUGUGCCAACCAGAGCUGAUAGACCUCCUCUUUCAUUUUUAA